AUGACGACAAAGCACAUUGGGUGCUCUAAUCCGCGAAAUUUCAAGGAGAAAAUCGAACUACUUAAGAUGAAAGAAGCUGCUUCAACGGCAAAUUUUGCUGCUGCUAUGAGAGAUGCUCAAGAAAUUUGUCAGAUUGCGUAUGCUUACGACGCUCUGCCACUCUCUCUUAACCACAGUCACUUACACGGAAAUGCUACGGAUCGUUCAAUGCUGAUGAAAGCUCAUUCUUUAUCGGAUAUCAGUGAAUCAGGCCGCCAAAUGGCCAGUAAGCAUUCUGACCUCCCUAUGAUAGAUAAUGCGCUGCACUCAAAAGUUAUUCCGGUGGAUCGUAAACGUGUAUGCGGCAGUUCUACAAUAUCUAGUUCUCAUUCAGGAAUCUAUCCUAUAAGCUCAGCAGUAUCCAACACAUGUGAUGAAAGAGUCAGUGAACGUGUACCGACUGGUGGUGUUCAAACAAAAGAGCAUAUAUCAAUUAAAAAAGAUGACGAAGAACAAGAGACUACAUCAAAAACUCCAAAUAUUUGUCCAUUUCCGUAUAAUUCUUCAAUUGCUUCAUCAAGUGAUUCAUCUUUUGGAUAUAAACGUAACACUUAUGGUGGAGGACAUGAUUCUGAUUAUAAUAAUAAUACAUCGACGACUAGUUCAUAUGCUUCUUCAUGGUCUACCACUGGACCUUUUCAGCAUCAUUCUACACAGAAAAGUUGUAUAGAAAAUUGGAGUAACGAGUGUUCAGGCGGAGUUGGCAGUCAUCAACAAAUUCAUCAAAAGAAUUUUAGCCCAUACAAUAAUAAUAAUAAUAAUGAUGUAAAGCAGCCUCAUUAUCAAGGUGGUGUACAUCAAAAACCGCAUCUUCCGGCAAAUCCAUACUUAUUCUCUGCAUCACAUUCAGAUGCUGAAGUUGCUGCCACCAGUUUGAAUACACAACAACCAUUGGCUAAUUCAUCAAGUCAGUAUACAUGUGAAUCAGGCUAUUUUAGUGUUGGUGAUAGUAUUGGUACACCGGUUGGCUUUCGUAGUUUUCCUCCAACAAAUAAUUUACAACAUUCAAAAGUUCCAUUCUCUGUUAAUUUCACUGAACAACUUGGACGUACACCAACACCGUAUUCAGUCGUCGAUUGGAGAAGGACAGCUUCAGAUUCCUCUAUCCACAAUACACUAUCAGGUAUUCAAUUGAAUCCAACGGAACAGUAUACAUAUGGUGGAAAAGCAGAAAAAUCACAUAUGUUCAGCCCUAGACCUGUUCUAUCCAGUGAUCAUCAGUAUUUUAGACCAGCGUGUAAACUGAGAGGUGUUGAGGAAGAGAAUGCGAAUACUUCACUGGCACCGCCUAUGCUCGAUGAUACAGAUACAAAACGCGGUUGUAUUUUUCGACGCCAGCGUGAUGCUCAUCUUUUAGAUAAUAAUAAUAAUAAUAACAAUAAUACUGGUAGUAAUCGGUUUGUUCACACAGAAAUGCUUACAACUGAGCCUCAUGUGGUACCUGCUAAAAGACCAUAUACUUGUUCUACUGACCCCCAUUCAAAUGGAUUCGAAGCAGCUGCCUCACAGAUGAAAAUAUGCUCACCCCGUUUGGAUAACCUUACAGGUGGUGGAGGUGGUGUUGGUGUGGAGCAGAAGAAUAUGGAUCCUACAGAUGCAUCAUUAAAACAUAAAAGUUGGAAAAUUCGUUCCGGUGUUGUUUAUAAUCCACAUAAUAAUAAUAAUAAUAAUAAUAAUUUAGAUCACUCAUCAUUAAUUCGACCGACAUAUCAUCAAUGUUUGUCUAGUAGUGCUAUCCCAUCGGAUUCAAAGUAUGCUGUUGAAUUGGCUGAUCCAUCACGUAAUUGUCUUAGUCAAGAGAAUCAUCAUUCCUUUAGUAAUCUGCACAAUUAUUCAUCGUCAUUAUCGUCGUCACCAUUAUCGUCUUCACAGCAAGCUGCUUGUACUGCGUCUGCUGAUAUUCUAUGUAGAAAUAAUACAGCUAAUAGCAAUACUAAUAUGAUGAUGAUGAUGACUGGAAGAAGCGUCAGUAGAAUAGCCAGCUCUGUGACAACAACGCCAAUAACAUCUAUGAAUGGUAAUAGUGGUGCUAGUGCUGGUACCGGUGUUGGCGGUGCCGUUAGCGGUUGUACAGUCAUUCGAGACAAUGUUGUAACAGACGAUUUAUUUCUUCGUAGCACUAAUGAUUUGGAUGAAUACUUACAAUUGCCUAGUUUAAUAUGUAAAGCAGAUGAAUCCAAUAAUAGUUUUGCUGCUCGACGGGAUAGUUGUACCAUGACUGCAGAAAUCCUUUCAACACUUUCUAAUGUACGUGAAGAGGUAACAGGGAAUAGUUUAAGUAGAAGAAUUCCUACAGACCAGCACAACAAUGAUACACAACAGCGUAGUUGUAUAUACGUUUCUAAUACUACUAAUUCUAUUCCUAUUAACAACAACACCGCCAACACCACCAACAACACUCAGAGAGGGGAUCAUCUUUUGCGUAAUCUGAUAUCUACAGAUCCGCUAUCCAACAACAACACCAUCACCAACAAUAAUUAUGCCUACAAUCGUUGUGGUCGAUCACAACAACAAAGCUUACAUUCGCAUUUCAUUCAAAGUUUACAUGGUAAUGACGAUGAUUCCAUUACAAAUUCUCUAUCGCUAACAAUGACGACUCCGACACCGACGCCGGCAACAACUAUUGCGACAAUAACAAAUUCAAGUCUUACGCCUACAACUAUCUAUUCUUCAUGCUUACAUCAUGUUGGCGAUAAAAUUGGUAUAUCUAUGUCACCGAAUGAUUAUCGUCUACUGACAGAUCCAAGAUUAGCUAAUUAUGUUACCGAUAAGGAGACAGAAGCCCAAUUGAUUGAUUAAAUAAAUUGAGACUACGGCUACUACUAUUAUUAUCACAAUUGUUGGUACCCCGGUGGUUGAUUCGAAUGUUGACCAAAUUCCUAACUAACUAACUGACUAAUUACCUAAUUACUCUUUAUCACAUAUGACAACAAGACAACAUAUUCACAAUGCAUGUUUGGCUGUGUGUGUGUGUGUGUAUGUGCGUGUUUGUGUUUGGGAUUGAUCUUAUCAUUGUCUAUUUGAUACAUUCUUCAUGAUCAUGAUAAAUAUGAUGCUUAGAUAAGAAAGUAUAGUAUUAUUAUUACUAUUAUUAUUAAUAAAUUAUCAUUUGACGACAUUUACGUGUCAUUCUUUCACGGGGAGUUCAUGUACACCUGACCAUCUUUCAUUCUCUUCGUGUGUGUGUGUGUGUGUGUGCAGGCGUGAUUGCGUGUAUGUGAUCAUAAUGACUAAUUUUUCUCUUUAUUUUUUAGGUUGCUUUAUUCAUCUUUCCUACUAUCCUCCUCCUUUAUCUCCGCCACCCCACCCCCGAUCCCCACAAAACCGUCGUCACAUUCUCUUUUUCUACUAUUCUGAUGAAUACUGGCAGUGUGUUGAUGUAGUGCGUUGUGUUGUUUUUUGUAAUACACAGAAACAGAACAAACAAAUAAAAGCCCCGAGUGCAUUGAAAAGAAACAUAUUAUCAUUUUUAUCAUUGCUUUAUUAUUUUUUUUCACAAAAUUCAAUUUCCCGGUUAUCAUCAUCUGCACCAUGAUGGAUCAUUGCUCUGGUGCUACCGCUACUGCUAACAACGACGUUGACGAGGUUGACGACGUAGGUGUUGUUUCUCUGCCUUUUAUAUAUUGUCUUUAUAAACACCGAUUCAUUAAUUGUUGUCGUUGUGUUUCUCCUUCUCUGCCUUAUUGUUAUUGUUGUUGUUUUUAUGAAUAAUGAAACAAAGGAACAUUUCCUCUUUUUCGUCUUCUCUGACUUCUACUCCUUUUCAUCUUUCCGUUAGUCAUCACUUCGCGUGUGGGUGGGUGGGUGGUUGUUGAGUGAAGUCAGCGUACUCUGUAUGUAUCACUAUUGUUAUCUACUGUCAGUCAUAUACUGUAGUAUGAGUAUGCCGCAGACUCGUUGUUUUCCCAACAUAUUAUCAUCAUCGUCAUACUACUUACUACUACUACUUCUAUAAGUAGUAUUAUUGUCAUCGUCUGGAUCGAUUUCAAUGCCACCACCGCAUUCACCAUCGCCUCCGGUACUACUUCUUCUCCAACUGCUGCUAUUCUCAUGAGCCGAGGUAUUUUUGUUCAUUGGUACUGCUUUACACAUAUUCACUUUGUGUUUCCCUCCUGCCCCGUUCUGCACCACACUGUUUAUUUUCUAUUUUAUUAAACUGUACAAUCUUUUACUAUUAUUAUUAUUAUUAUGCUCAUUAUUUUUGGUUGUUUCUAAAAUAUGUACAAUUUCCUAAUCAAAUGUUUAUUCACUGGUGAUUUAUUAUUGUCUAUAUAAGAUAAACACAAUUGUGCAUUCAUUUUAUGUAUGUAUAUCCUAAACAUUGUGUGAUAUCUUUUAUUAUGCGUAUAUAUCUUUCUAUUUUUAAGUGGUCGAUGCUGCCUAGCUCGAGCCCGCUGGCAUGUGUUUGUGUGUCGUGUUUUCUGCUGCCGAUACUGCUGUUGCUUAUGACUCUUCUAUUACACUUUCACACAUUCAUCAACAAGUUUCUUUCUUUGAAUUUUUAGCAAACCUUUGCGUGUCUGUGCGAGUGUGGUGUGUGUGUGUGUGUGUCUGAUUGGUUGGUCGGCCUUGUGAUAUCUUGUUUAAAACGUAAGAAGAUGUGUAAUGAACUCUUUGACGUUCCUUUUCCUCUUUCAAUUAAAUUCUUCUUCUGUUUCCUCGCGGAUUCCCUUUCUUCCAUGAACUUUCCUUUUGGAAUAGUAAACACACACACACACACCUGUGUAUUGUCGGUGUUCUCGAUGUGUGUCAUAACUGCUUUCUAUCGUAUGUUUAUUUGUGUUUAUCUACUCUCUUUCUCUCUCCCUCCAACAAUAGAUUUCUAUGACCAAUAUUUUGACAGUUUCCUUUUCCGUCACCUUCUCAUCAUAUUCCCACCUAAUGGGUGUGUGUGUUGAUGUAAUUUCCUGCUGACUACUACUGUAAUGCUUUUUUCCCACCCCGUGGUCAUUAUUCGCUUUUGUUGUGAAACAGAAUGAAAUGAUCAUUCAUAGACUAUUGAUUGUUCGUACGCCUUUUUUAAGGCUCUCUCUCUCUCUAUGUGUGUGUGUGUGUGUGUGUUCAUUUUGUCUUCCCCGUGCGCCACCCCGUUGUUCCCCUCCCCUUUUACACAGCUGCUUUUGUUAUGUGUGUAAGUGUGUGCAGGCGCCAUAUUAUUCCCAAUCUCUUCGUGUUUCUCCAAUAUCAUACAUAUACAUAUACACACACAUACAUGCAUCUAUAAAUUUCUUUCCGUUUUAUCUUUUUUCUUUUCAUGGAAAACACGAGGGAUUCUUUUUGUCUUUUUUAUGCAAAUAUAUAUAUGUGUAUUUGUUUGUUUUCACAAUAUUAUACACAUACGCAAUUCUCUGCCCCCUCCCUCUCUCUCCCUCCCUCCGUGUGUGUCUCUCUUAGACAUUGACAAACUGUGAACAGCUGAUUCGAAUAAGACAAGGCAAGACAAAGAUACGUUUCCUUUUCUUUUUGACAGGACUGUUAUUAAUAGUGAGAUUAAUAAUAAUAAUAAUGGUAAUAAUCGUUAUCAUUAUUAUUACUGUUAUUAUUAUUAUUCCUAUUACAAUUCACAUUUUUCCCCCAUCCCCACCCCAUUAUUUUCUCCUCUCUUCUUUCUUUUCUUUUGUCGUGAAUCAAUUAUAUACUACUUAAAUACUGAUUGUUUUAAUGUUG